UUCCGUCUCUAGUUCACAAAUGAUUUUGAUUGCACUUGCUAUCGUGAGAAACGGUCUAGUGUAAAAAUAAAAUAAUGGCUUCCUUGUGUAGACAAAUUCUUCGCGCAAAUGCAUUUAGGGGUGUGCUGGUAAAUGCCGCCCGACGUGGUUAUGCCGACAAAAUGAUGCCUGAUCCCCUGGAGCAUGCCACCGGUCUCGAAAGGAAGGAAUUGCUGGCCCUCCAGUCCGGUGAGGACGACCCCUUCAACAUGAAGGUGCUGAAGAAAAAUGACGGCACCAAGGACAAGCCCACCCUAGUGCCCUCCUGUUUUGAUGCUAGGAUUGUAGGAUGUAUAUGUGAUGAACACUCCACGUCGAUCACUUGGCUGUGGCUGCACAAGGAUCAACCCCGCCGCUGCGAGUGCGGACACUGGUACAAAUUGAUUGAGAAACCACUUAUCUAAAUCAAUUUCUAUUUUAGUUAUAAAAGUAGUGUUACAACUGCAACAACACAUCUUGCGCUGCGCACAGCCUUCCGUCAACUAUUUGGUUCCUGGUGUUGCCAUACACGAAAAGGGAUGCGCUCUAGUUUUCAAUUACCAAAAUCGAUAAAAUCAAUAAUUAAAUAUUUGUAAGCAUAACCAGUGUUUUAUUGAUGUUACGAUGUUUGUGAUGUAUGGGAAUAGUAUUAGUUAAUAAAUAAGUAUGCUGUUGAA